AAGCGGAACCAAAGUUAGAGCAGCUGCAGUACAAGGGGAGCUUUUUCAGAUCAACGCUUGUUUCCGGAAGAUUUCUGUUCAAAUGCUGAAUCCUUUGAGUACAUACAGAGUUGAACGACAGAGAUGUCUACUCUCUUUCCGUCCCUCUUCCCUCGGAUAACAGAGUCCCUGUGGUUUAACCUUGACCGUCCGUGUGUGGAUGAGACUGAACUGCAUCAACAGGAACAGCAGCACCAGACAUGGCUACAGAGCAUUGCCGAGAAGGAUAAUAACCUGAUGCCCAUUGGGAAACUCAUUUUUGAGCCAACCUUUGAUGAAGAGGAGGAGGAAGACGACGAGGAUGAGGAGGACAGUGAAGAAGAUUCGGAAGAUGAGGAAGACAUGCAGGACAUGGAUGAGAUGAAUGACUACAAUGAAUCUCCAGAUGAUGGCGAGAUAAAUGAGGUGGACAUGGAGGGGGCUGACCAGGACCAGGACCAGUGGAUGAUUUAAUUCAGCAGACCUCAGCAUCCACAGUGUCUGGAGCUAGGCUUCUUCUCUCUACCACUGAACGAAUGAGAAUACCAGCCUUUUUUUCACCUUGCAGAGACUAUAUAUAUAUAUAUUUAUAUAUAUAUAUGGCAUCAGGAAUGAUUGACUGCUGCCCUCCGUUCUUGCCUCAGAUACUAAACUUAUUGUUCUUUUUUACUGUGAUAGCUCUGCCAUAAUGCUGUUUCUUGGGUCAUUCAGUUAAUGUGGUAUUGUGCUAGCAAGGGCUUGGCUGGUUUGUGUGUAGACAUGUACUGUAGUGAGAUCAGUCCUGGUUGCAUGAUUAUUCAGGAGCAUUUUGUGUAAAUGUGUUUGAAACAGAUCUUUAUUUAUUUUGACUAAUCUUUGAAAAUAAUUCACUUAAAGCAGAUUUCACCUGGGAUGUCGGGACGCUCAUAGUUGCUAUGAUUUGUUUCUCUAGGUCUGUUAAAUGGUAGACAUGAUGAUUAUAAGAAAUGCAGGAAGUGACUCUGUUAUAUUGUUACUGCUUUUAUUUGGGUCUUCAAUCGCCAUGUGCCACUGGCUUAUCCAAAAGAGCUGAGCCUGCAUUGAUGAUGCUCGUUAAAGUAGCACAUCCGUUUUAUUGGGGCUACCUAAAGUCUGGAAUGGUUUUUAACAGGGCUUGCGUGUCGUGCCAAACGGUUUUUCAUAGUUUAUACUUGAUUAGAACUUGCUCCUUUUACUCUAGUCCCGUAAAUUGAAAGUUAUUGUCAGACUUAGACACUGGAUUUUCCUGUGGCCAGUGAAUACUCCCAAUAAUUGUUAUUUACUUGUAAACAUGCAUAGGAAUGGAGAUUCCUGAAAAAAGGGCAUCUUAAAUAAUUGAGGCCUUUAUUUGAGUCAAUGUCCAGCAGGGGUGCAUGGCCACAGUACAUCCAAGAUAUCCUGUAGAACACAAAUCUAAAAAGGAUGCUUAUCACAUGUUUCUAAAAAUAGGUACAAAUCGCAGCCAUGAUCUUUUUUGAUGACUGCCUUUUAUAUGAGUCGUCGUCUUUGCAAUAAAUAUACAUUUGUAUAAAGACUCAAA